GCACACACAAAGCAAACGAAUUCACCCUUCUCGUCUUGUCAGCAUCAACGUCGUUUGAGAGAGACGUGAGAGGGUUUGCGCUGCUGAGGAACGAUGGUGGAGCCGAGGCCAACAGAGCAUGUGCGGAGAGUGGAGGCAAGGCUUGCAGAGGCCGCGCAGCAGGCGGACGCCUUCAGCGAUGCCAUGUCCACAACAACGGCAUCUGCCACUGAUCGGACAUACCUGCAAUCACGCCAACAGCGCUACCCAAGGAGCACGUCGCCUCGCAGCAUGCUGGCGAGAAACAACGCACCACCGCCGCCGCCGCCGCCGCUGCCAUUUGAGCACCACGAGGACCCCCGCAUGCACGUGGAGAUGUACGUGCGGCAUCAAACAAAGCACAUGUUCCGUGCCGCAUCUGCCGCGCGCUCCCCCUUUGAGGAGCGCCCGCUGUUCUCCGCAACCAAGAUGAAGGGCACGACAUCGCCGAAGCUGUCCACAGAGGAAGGCUCCCACGCCGCCGUCCUUCGCACAGCAUCCCCCACCACCAUGACCACCUCCUCGUCCUUCAUUGCCUCCAUAUCCAGCACUCACCACGACCAACAGCAACAGCAACAACAGCAACAGCAGCAACAGCAACAACAGCAACAGCCUCAGCAUCAUAAACAACACCAAUCAAGGAAGAAGCACGGCUCCCAGUCACAAUCCAGGUCACACUCGCAGUCACAGCAACGGCAGUGGAUACGCCCAGGAUCCAAACCCAUCACAAUCCACGUCCCUGCACCACUGCCACCAGGCUACACCAACGAGCCCCUCUCCAUCACCGCACCGUCCCUGAAGAAGUCUCAUUAACUGCUGCUGAUUAUAAUGGGUUGCCUGCAGGCACGGCCACUGCACGGGCAAGUGUGUGUGUGUGUGUGAGUGUGAGUGUGUGUGAGUGUGUGU